AUGGCGUCUGCUGCAGAGAUCCGCGACAGCGUCACGACCAUCGCCCACCCCGUCCUGGGCCAGAAGAGCCAGCAGCAGUUCGUCAUCCGGUCGACCUUCUCGUGGCUGCCGGUGCUGUCUGUCGGCCGCCACCUGUUGACACUGCCGCUGUUCUGCACAGUCGUGCUGCUGCAGCUGGCAGUGCUGCUGGCCAUUGUCAAAAAUGGCCUUGCUCGAAACUCGUGCCCAGAAAUGGCCAAGACGAAGCCAACGUCGCUCGAUGGCCGAAGCCAGAAGCUGUCGAAGCCGGCGUGGAAGCCCAAGGAAGAGCCAGGGCCAAGCCUGAAGCCGGCAUCUCCCCCCAGGGAGAAUCCAUGGCAUCGGCGCUCGUCAGCUCCGGCAGGGCCAGAUGACAAGCAGCCUCUCAAAUCGCUGCGACGACCGCUGGCAGAGGAGGAAUUUCCAGAGCUCAAAACGGGAGACGGUGCGGCCGACGAUGCUUUACCUAGCGAGGAGGCGCAAAGAGAGCCCUCUCCUUCGUGCAACGUUUCCAAAUCCAGUUGCUCUACAAUCGAAACGCACUCUGACGAGACGAGAUCUGCCGUUUCUCGACUCAGCACGCCAACAAGGUUGAUCCUGGAAGAAGCCGCAGAUCAAGCUGCCAAGAUCCUCUGGAGACACCCUUUUGGCUCGAAUGUCUACUUAUACGUGGAAACCAGCGUGUUCCAGCUGCACCGCGAUAUACUAAUGCGGCAUUCAGGCUGGUUUCGAGACAAGCUUCCCCCGCCAAACCAGAAUGGAUCACCGGUCGAGAUACAUCUGCCCCAUGCUAUUGGAGCGGUACAGCCUUGCCUUUUCUUCAUGUACACCAAGAAUCUCGACAUCUGCGAGAGAAGCAUCUGCCAGCCGCUCAACUUUAUACACAUCCCGCGGUGCGUGCUUGCCUAUUGCGCGGCAGUCAACUUCCAGAUCCCGACAAUGGCAUCGCGCAUUCUCGGCAUUCUAGAGGAGACGGCCAAAGACCUCGCCGCAUACCUCAACUCCUACUUCAUCUACAGGGAGAUGGACUUUAAGACCAGCAAGUCCAUGGCGACCUACUUUGUCAACUCUCUCGAUAUAUUAUAUUCCGAGCCGCUGUUCGAGCUCAUGAAGCCAAUUCGCCAGGCACUUGCCGGUAUCUUGGAUGCAUUGCUGCCGUCCUUGCUCCGACAACCAUACUUUCCAGAGAUGCUGUGCAUGCCGGGCUGGAAGCGGUGGUCGGCGGCCAUUGCGGCGGACCAAGUCGAGUACCGAGCUGCGCUUGGCCAUGGCCCGUCGGCAACGGAGUCUGUCUUGCCAACCGAGACUGAGCUGGAGGCGCUGUUUGAUCGUGUGCUGGGAAAGACUGGCGAAAGUAAGGAGAAGAAGAAGGACACGGCAGAGAGUCCCAGUAAAAAGGCUCGAAAGGGGGCUCCUAGUGAUGGCGGGGAACAGGACAAGGCUUCAACAACAUCUUCUCGAUCCCGGAGGAGGAAGAAAAAGGCCGACAGCAAGGACUUGAGCAACGACCGGGUGCCGAGAGCAGCGAGCGCUGUGGGAAGUACAGGCAGCGAGGCAGGCACUUGGAACUCAUUGGGAGCAGAUGAUUCUCGCGCAGGACUGGAAAGGCCGUCGCCAACCACGAGCUGCUCUCUAACACACGGUAAAGCUUCCGCUGGCAGAGGCCGACGCUUGAAUCCUAGUCCUGCGAAGUCGACGAGAUCAUGA